ACCGGAAGUGUCGUCAUCUUGUGCGGCUCCGGGUUGUCGCCAUGUUCAAAAUCUGCGAAGCUUUAUUGCACGGUCUGGAUUUGUCCAACAACUAUGUUUAAAUAAAGAAAUGGAUCGUUUGAAUAAGACAAGGGUAGAGGAAGCUUUCUCCCCAGCGGAGCAGAUCAACAAAAUGAUCGAACUCCCUAACUACAGCAGCCAGUUGAUGCAGCAACUGUGGACCCUGCGGAAGGAGGGUCACUUUUGUGACUGCACGGUCCUGGUGGGAGACAACCCUCACCGUGCACAUAAAAUAGUCCUGGCAGCUUCCAGCAUGCUUUUCAGGUCGCUGCUGAAUUAUUCUGAUACUGUCUCCAUCGACACCACUUUGGUUUCCUCGCAGGAGUUCGGCUGCCUUCUGGACAUGGUCUAUACAGGCAAGCUACCAAUGGGAAAACACAACGUCAGCCGCAUCAUUGCUGCUGCAGACAACCUGCAGAUGUUUGAUGUAGCUGUGAGCUUUAAAAAUGUCCUCACCAACAUUAUCAACCAGCAGCCGCUAGCCUCCCCACCUUCUACACAGACCCCAACCCUCACCCCAGUCAACAAAAUCCAGAGCCCUAACUCUGAAGUUCCAGUUGCUUCACCCAGCAAUGAUAAGUCAGCUGAAGAUGGGAUACAGGUGAAGGAUAAUUCAGAGGCGCAUCGGUGUGAAGAUCCAAAUGAAAUUGCAAAGGAGCCUUCAUGUAAAAGAGUCUGUCCAGAAUUUUCAGAGUCUCCAGUGCCCGAAGAAGACAAAGCCACAGAUAGUGCCGUAGAAGAAGACGAUAGAACAGCCACCAAAAUUACACCGACUUGGUUGGAGCGCUCUUCUCAGCUGACUGAGAAACUUGCCAGUGUGCCAGACCUUGUUCAGCUCUUGAGCCAAUCAGCACACAGCUCUCUGGGUGAACAGGAGAGACAGUUAGUGUGCAAGUGCUGUGAAGAAGAUGACCCGCCCUCAGUAGUGAGUCAGCUGUGGGGCCAAGUGGAGAAGGGACUUGUCAGUGAGCAAGCUGUCCUGAAGCUGCUCCGCACUGUCCAACAGGGAGCUCCCUCCUCUUUCCCUAUGUCAUGGCUCUCGCAGCUGGAGACCUUGGAGAAUAUGCAGGAGCCAGAUGGACCUCAGGCUGCAAGUCAAGCAGUAGAAAUAUUGUCCGAGUCAGAAAUGGAGAACAGCGGCAGCAAAAGUGAAAUGAAGCUCGAGCAGAGCAACAUAGAAGAGCCUGAGGUGAAAGAGGAAGACGAGCACUCUUCAUUCUCAAAGUCUUACUCCUGUUGCUGGUGUAAGAAGAGUUUUGCCUACAAGUGCCGAGUUAUGGCCCAUAUGAAGCGCUGCCCCAUGUCCAAGGAUUGUCAGCUGCAGUGUCCGCAGUGCCCUUUGAAGCUGCCCAACAAGAGGGCUUUACAGCGUCAUUUGACUGAGGCUCACCCAGGUAAUGCAGGAGACAAGAAGAAGAAGGUCGCCUGUGACCUCUGUGGGCGGACCUUUGCACACCCAUCAGGUAUGAUUUACCACAAGCGCACGGAGCAUUUUGAGGAGAAGCCGUACGCCUGCGAGACGUGCGGCGCCAAAUUUCCCGCCACCUCCUCUUUGAAGAAUCACAUGCGGCUCCACACGGGAGAGAAACCUUACCACUGCAAGCACUGCGACAUGAGCUUCAGAGUGGCUGCGGCGCUGGCCUACCACACCAAGAAGAAACACUCCGAGGGCAAAAUGUACGUCUGUCAGUAUUGCAAGGCCGUCUUCGCCCAGUCAAUCGAGCUCACGCGGCACGUGCGGACACACACGGGCGAUAAGCCCUACGUAUGUCGCGAAUGCGGAAAAGGCCACAGCCAGGCCAGCGGCUUGACGGUCCACCUGCAAACCUUCCACAACAUGUCGCAGCCCCUCAACUGUCAGAAGUGUUGCCUCAGCUUCCAGACUUUAGAGGAGCAUCAGAAGCACAUUGAGGAGCUCCAUGUGAAGCUGAUGCACAAGUGUCACACAUGCCGCAAAGUUUUCACCAGUGCCGCAUUGCUGGAGAAACACAAGUCCAUCCACACUGGGGUCAAGCCCUACGUCUGCAACCUCUGCAAUAAAUCUUACCAGCAACUGUCGGGCCUGUGGUACCAUAACAGGACCAACCACCCUGAGGUGUUUGCGAACCAAACGCAGCAACUGAAGACCCUGGUGCAGUGUGACAUCUGCUUCAGGUUCUUCCCUUGUGCCUCCAGUCUGGCCAAACACCAAAAAGCUGAACAUGAAGAUUCUGCAGCAUCCACCCUGCACUGUGCGCACUGUCAAGUUGUGUUCAGUGGGUCUGCAGAGCUGCAGGAGCACAUCUGCAGUCAGCACGCAACGAGCGCUAACCGGUUCAUCUGCCCCUUGUGCGCCCUGAUCAGUACCUCCCAGACGGAGUUGCAGGAGCACCUCCUCUCAUGCCACAUGGAAGCCCAGCAGACGCAGGAGGAGGCUAGCGAGGAGGCCUCCAGCGCACACACAUUAAAAGUGAUCACAGUGCAUCAGCCAGAGGGGGAGGCGAUGGAGUCGGCCGACUCUGAGGAACAGUCGCAGCCGUCUGUGAGCCAGCAAGUGUUUGUGACUCUGGCAGGACAAGGGGAAGGCGAUCCCCCAGCCGAGGUGGUGGAGGUCAACAUGUACGAUCUGCUCAACAACUCGGUUACAUUCAUCUGUGAAGCCAAACCAUCAGAUUUUUAGCCACUUUCUGUCCAUCUCCAACUGGUUCCACAACCAAACUUGCCACUCUUGGAGUUAUGGAGGUCGAGUCGUUUUUGUCGCAGCUUAGUGUGUUUUAUUUGAAAAACUUGUUGUCAACAAGGCCAACUAAAUGUAAUAGCUUAACUUUGUACCGUCUUUUGUGGAGACCCUGAUAGUCUACCUCAUGAAAAUUAAUGCCCCCCACUAAUUGACAGCGCUGCAUCUUAUCAACAUUAAAAACAGCUACAAAAGUAUUUGGAUAACGACGACGGUGGUUUUAUUGUUUUACCUUGACCAUUAUGGAGCUUAAAUAAAGCAUCCAAGAUCUGCAUUUGAAUUGCAGACUUUUAGCUUUAA